AUGGAGUACUUUGUUCUUGCUGCGGCUGUCUUUUGCCUGCGUCUGGCGGGCUCUGAGGAUCUCUACUGGAGACCCAACACUGACUGGAACAAUCGUAACAACUGGAAACUUGGGCGCGUGCCGUGCGAGGGAGAUGUAGCUGACUUCAGCUCCGUUCCUCGUGGGUCUGUGAUACGGCUGGACGGCCGUGCCACCAUACGCAGCGUGGUUCUGCCCGUAGGUAGCACCAUAGAGCUGGGCAAGUCACUCACACUUCAGUUCUCUAACACCACUUCUUGCAAGAUUGAAACUGCCAAUGGACCAAUGGUUGCUCCAGUUGAGGAAAACAACCUGUUUGUUGGCGCUGGGCCCAAAUACUGGGAACACUCCAAGAACUGGGAGACUGGCGAUGGGAAAUCUGCCACGUCCCCUCCUUGUGGGAAAGACAGAGCUCUCUUCAGGGAGGGUCACUACUACUGGACUGUGGAGUCCAACAUGUCUAACGUGUCAGUGCAGCAUCUGAAAGUGAGAGGAGAACUGGUCACAACUGAACUCAUCCCAAAAGUGGCUCCAGAGUUUAAACUAAAUCUGGUGGUCGACCCGCGAUGUGGCGAAGACCCUUCCCUCUGUCCCUGUCUUGCGGUGUCUGCCGGAGAUGGUGUAUUGUUGUUUGACAACCCAAUAUACGAAACGGAAGGAGUUGCAAGGAAGAAAGGGGUUAAAGGCUCGCCCGACAAAGCAGAUACUAGAGCCCACGAAAUGGAAAAUAUCGCAAUUUUGAGGCCAUCAGCGAGCCACUAUGAACCUGUCGAUUUUUCCGAGGACACUAGCUCAGCCUCCAGGCCAGAGAAGAAGACUCCGAUUCUUGAUGAAUACGAGCGCUUGUAGCUCACUUUCUCUCGGAAAGUGAACAUUUUGAACACAAGAACUGAAAAACUUUGCUUUACCGUAAAACAUGUAUGAGAAUAGCAUGUAUGAGAUAUAGUAGCACACGGUAUAUAUUAUUUGUAUGAUACAAAAAUUGAGAAGCUAAAAAUUUCCUGGUUCAUUUGGUGAGUGGUGUUGGUGAGGUGGGCGAGGUGUUGGUGAAGGUAGUAGGGCUGGAAGGGAGGGUGGUGGUGGUGUACGUGUGGAUCUCAACACUUCCCUCAUCGAGGAGCG